CAAUUUUUCCGGCCAUGUCUCAGAGUAAUAAUAGUAACCAUGGGAUCGGACGAGCCCGAGUCAGGUGUUGCCAAAGGUGGUUUAGUUUUCUGACAGCGAUCUGAAGAUGAGGGGGAAAGAGAAAGGAAAAGAAGCAUAUUUUUUCUGUCUUACAGCUUUGCUCAAUUGCUGCUCUGUGGUUGUUUACAGGCAGGGCUGUCUUGGAUACUUCGGAGUCUCCAGGACACCCGGUGUAUACUCGGGUGUUUUCCGUACUAUACCUGCCAGUAUCAGAUGGUCGGAUUGUAGAGUGAGAUGGCGAGCUGAGCAUUGUUGCUUGGUCUCGGCAAAUAGUCCAUGGCUGUAUGCACGUGUGUCGCUUUCUCUCAACUGCUGUUACAUUUCCAAACGUUCCACGGUCUUUUGCUGCGUCUCGGGCUCUUUGCUGCAAUUACUCCUCACAAUCUUCCUGCUCACGACCUGCGUCUCCGCGUCGCUUCUCUGCGCGAUACUCUACAUCUCAGCACGAGAACAUGAUCUUCGGCCAGUCAAUGGCAUAUCUCUGAAAUGGUGGUUUUUUCUUGGUACUUCCCAAUUCGCGGUUCCGAUAUGUCUCCGGAGUAGCCGUGAUGUACUACUAAUGUACUUGGUUGUUUGGAUGUCGUCGUUGUCCGUCGUGCUGAGUAUCUACUACCUCCGAGUGCAGCUCUACAUAAACGGUAUCGCAGAUAGACUUGUGCGAAUCCUACGAUAUUGCCUCCGGAAGAGGACAGUUCAGUUAAGCACAGGUGAAUUGUCGGACUCGUUGGGAUUUGUACUUCGUAGAAGAAUGAUAUCAGCGCUCUGAUACUUGAUGAUAAUACAUAUGCUUAGAACGCCAUGCUUGAUCAAUUUGCAUAUUCAGCGUCCUAGCCUAUCUUUGUAUCAUUUCUUAUUGUCAUGGUUGACACUCAUCUCUCGUCCCUGGUCUUCUGAUAGCGGUAGGCAUCAAUUAAAUGGCUUCUUGCGCAUGUGUAUCAUGCAAUAUUUCGUCGCUAUAUAGUUCUCUAGCUGACAUGAGAAGGCAGUGACAUUAAAUUUCUUCGUGAAUUUAUUGCAUGG